AGGGGGUCCCCCUUUCAUGGAAUGCGGAAACAUGGGUCUGUUCGACCGCGGAGUCCAGAUGCUGCUGACCACGGUGGGAGCCUUCGCGGCCUUCAGCCUCAUGACCAUCGCGGUCGGCACGGACUACUGGCUGUACUCCCGCGGCGUCUGCAAGUCCAAGUCCAUGAACGAGAACGAGACCAGCAAGAAGAACGAGGAGGUGAUGACCCACUCGGGCCUGUGGAGGACGUGCUGCUUGGAAGGAAACUACAAGGGGAUGUGUAAACAGAUAGACCACUUUCCUGAGGAGACAGACUACGAAGCGGACCCAUCUGAGUACUUCUUGCGUGCGGUGCGAGCCUCCAGCAUCUUCCCCAUCCUCAGUGUCAUCCUGCUGUUCAUGGGAGGCCUCUGUAUAGCUGCCAGUGAGUUCUACAAGUCACGCCACAACAUCAUCCUCAGUGCGGGAAUCUUCUUUGUGUCUGCAGGCCUGAGCAACAUCAUCGGGAUCAUCGUGUACAUAUCAGCCAACGCGGGGGACCCUUCAAAAAGCGACUCGAAGAAGAACAGCUACUCUUACGGCUGGUCCUUCUAUUUUGGUGCCCUCUCCUUCAUCAUGGCUGAGAUGGUGGGUGUCUUGGCCGUGCACAUGUUCAUCGACCGCCAUCGACAGCUUCGAAUAGGGGCGCGCGCUGCCGACUACCUCCAAGGCUCGGCCAUAACACGAAUCCCCAGCUAUCGCUACCGCUACAGACGCCGCUCGCGCUCCUCUUCCCGCUCUACAGACCCAUCACACUCCCGCGACACCUCGCCGGUGGGCCUCAAGGGCUUCAGCGCGCUGCCAUCCACAGAGAUCUCCAUGUACACGCUGCCCCGGGAUACCCUCAAGUCCUCCGGCACGCCCACCGCCACCUACAACUCUGAGAGGGACCACAACUUCCUGCAAGUCCACAACUGCAUCCAGAAGGACCUGAAAGACUCAAGCCACACCAACACAGCGAACCGCCGCACCACGCCGGUAUGAAGGAGUCGACACAGGCCAGGCCAGCCCGGCAGAGAGCGGGGAGACCAGGAGACACGGGAACCCCUGUGGGUGUAGUACGCCCCAGGAGAAGAUGGAUUUCCAUGUUUAUAGACAUUUGUUCUUUUUGUUCAGCUGCAUGACUUUUCCAUUAACAUUGUUGAGAGAGUUUCAACAAGUCUGCUGUGUUCCUGGAUUGAAUGGCAGAGCAGUGAGCAUGGGUCAGGUUGUCCCAAGGGAGUGAGAUCUGUCAUUUUAUGCGCAGGGUUUGUUCAUGAGGUUUUGGGGCACUGAGAGGGACAGUGGGAGGGGGUGGGCAUUUAUGAGAUAAAGAAUUGAUUUCAUGAUUUCAUAGCCCUUUGGUUUCACAGUUUUGCCCCACAUGUUUGGUUGGAGCAACGGGUCAAGCUCCCCCCCUCAGCCAGCCCACCGCUCAGAUAUACACCUCUUUUAUUUAUUGACUCAUUUGUUCAUUUUUUGCAUUAAAACUGUGAAUUGUUACAGCUUGGGAUUCAGUAAGAAUUAGCCCAAUCUGUAAUCUCUAACAAAGGUACUAUAUAUAUGUAUUACUUUUAUAAAUAAAUUAUUACGUUAAUAAUCAAGAGUUACAGACUUUACCGAAGCAAAAAAGAAAAAAAAAAACAAGUUAACUAAACCAAGUGCUGUUGGUAAGACAAGAAAAGACUCUUUUAGUAUCUGUUCAUUUGAAGGUUGAGAACAAGAGAUGGUCUUUAGGUAGCAGCGACUGAUGCCACCAGAGGCAGAUGCAGACAGUCAACAGUAGAAUAAUAUCUAUUCUUUUAAUAGAACCUUCUCGUCUUUUUCUCAGUCCCUGUUCGCUUUCUUUUUUUGGGGGGGUCGUAAAUGGGAGAGUUGAACCCCUUUAACAGAAAGAGCCAAGAAAAGGGGGUCAAAGUUCACAAAGCAAAGACUCCAAACACGACUUCUACAAAAAAAAAGAAAAAAAGGAAGGAGCAGAGGGGAAGGAAAAGAAGAGGACGCCAAACAAACACAAAAAUAAAAACAAGUUAAAUAUGAAAUAGUACAAGAGAAGCUAAGUGACUCACAAUUUCAGAAAUUAAAUGCAUGCUAUAAAAUUACAGCAGAUCUGCUCUUGAGAAACUUAAGUUUUAAAGGUUAAUAAUUAUAAGGGGAAAAAAAAGCAAAGAUGCUAAAGUUUAAAGUAUUA